AGGAGGGUCCUGGCCGGCGGGCGACGGGGCCGGGCGGUGUCCUGGCCGGCGGGCGGAGCUUGGCGUUGGGCGGCAUGGCGGAGCCGGCCGGCGGGGCGCCCCCGGGCGCGCAGUGCAACGUGCUGAGCUGGGAGCAGGUGCAGCGUCUGGACCGGCUGCUGAGCGAGGGCGUCCCCCUGCACGGGCGGGGCAACUUCCCCACCCUGGAGGUGCAGCCCCGCCAGGUGGUGCGGGCGGUGCGGGGCCGGCUGCGGGAGCGGCGCAUCGCCGUGCGGGCCGUGCGCCUCAACGGCUCGGCCGCCAGCCACGUCCUGCACCAGCACAGCGGCCUGGGCUACAAGGACCUCGACCUCAUCUUCUGCGCCGACCUGCGCGGCGAGGCCGAGUUCCAGACCGUCAAGGACGUGGUCCUCGCCUGCCUGCUCGACUUCUUGCCCCCCGGCGUCAACAAGGACAAGAUCACCCCCCUCACCCUCAAGGAAGCCUAUGUGCAGAAGAUGGUGAAAGUGUGCAAUGACUCAGACCGAUGGAGUCUCAUCUCGCUGUCCAACAACAGCGGCAAGAACGUGGAACUGAAAUUCGUGGACUCCCUGCGCCGGCAGUUCGAAUUCAGCGUGGACUCUUUCCAGAUCAAACUGGACUCCCUCCUCCUCUUCUACGAGUGUUCGGAGAACCCGAUGACCGAGACCUUCCACCCGACCAUCAUCGGCGAGAGCGUCUACGGAGAUUUCCAGGAGGCCUUCGCCCACCUGUGCAACAAGGUCAUCGCCACCAGAAACCCGGAAGAGAUCCGGGGCGGCGGGCUUCUCAAGUACUGCAACCUUUUGGUGAGGGGCUUCAGGGCGGCCUCCGAGUCCGAGAUCAAGUCCCUUCAGAGGUAUAUGUGUUCCAGGUUUUUCAUUGACUUCUCGGACAUCGGCGAGCAGCAGAGGAAACUGGAGUCCUACUUGCAGAACCACUUUGUGGGCUUGGAAGACCGCAAGUAUGACUAUCUCAUGACCCUUCACGGGGUGGUGAAUGAGAGUACCGUGUGCCUGAUGGGACACGAGAGGAGACAGACGCUCAAUCUCAUCACCAUGCUGGCCAUCCGGGUGCUGGCUGAGCAAAACAUCAUUCCUAACGUCGCCAACGUGACCUGCUAUUACCAGCCGGCCCCGUACGUAGCCGAUGCCAACUUUAGCAAUUAUUACAUCGCGCAGGUUCAGCCGGUCUUUACGUGCCAGCAGCAUACCUACUCGACCUGGUUACCCUGCAAUUAGCCCCGUUUCCAGAGUGUCUGGCGCGGGGCCGGGGAAGGGGGAGGUGGGAAGGGGGAGACGGCGGAGGAGCGUCCAGACUUGUUGACGGGGGUGUGCAAUGGUCCGCCUCGGCCCCCCAGCUCGGAGGGGCUUGGGGGGAGGCUUUAGGGGGGAAGGGGUCGGAGGGGGAAGGGUAGGCGAGGACCGAGACGCCCCAGGAGGGCAGGGGAGCACGAGCGACAGACCGGUCGGAAAAGGAGAUCGGAUUCCACCCGGGAACCCCAGGGGCCCGGCGCUCUGAGCGUCCGCCUUCGGUAGACGAGGGGGUGGACGGUGCUCGAUGACAAUAUGGGACGGCAGAAUCUGCUCCUGUAGCUUUGGCACAAAGUUGGGAAUCUUGUUCUAGAGGGAGGCCCGUAAAGAGGGAGAAGAACCUGGAGAAGAGGGAGGAAGGGGGAAGGAGGUCCCUACCUAAUUUCCUUCGGUAUAUUCAGAAGGGUGGGUGUUUGGGGUUUUGUGUUGUUUUUUUUUUUUAAAUUUUAUUUUAGUGUUUAUUUUCAAGUAGAGGCGUAAUGCCCAGAUAAGCUGAAGUAGAGUAAGUAUCGGAUGGCUGUAGUGGGGAGCUCAGAGGACGGUCUGCCUGGGGCUGAUGGUGAAGGAAGUUAUCGCUCGCUCGAAUAAAACACUUGAACAGAGACGGCUUGCUCCAAACGAACAGUAGUAGCCUGGUGCAGUUAUCAUAAAAACAGCCGACUUUAUGAUGACAUAAUCCAUUAUUUCCAGUUGGGUGCGUGUUUCACAUUUUAAAAAUGUGGCCAUGCAAGCAGAGACCAGCUGUAGCAAAGAAAGUUAUGCUCAAGGACCAAAGAUUUCACUGACAAAAUACCCAAGUAGAGAAGAUGUAGUUUAAAAAAAAAAUAAUUCAAAGAAAGUUAUAUUUGUAUACACAAUAGAAUCAAAGUGCCUGUUGCAUUCUGAAAUUUGAAGUGGGGUUUGGGGGUGGGUGGGCGGGGAAGAUGAUUUUGUGGUUUAACCAUGUAUUUUCUUUUAUCAGGGACACAAGAAAAAAAAAAUAAGCUUGUGAAUAAAUGGUGGAAGAAAUGCCCUAUUUUUUUCUUGGCAAAUACUUGUAUAAAGUGAAUAUUAAUGCUGGCGUGACAGUAUCCUAGCUCUGUGUGGCUGUGGUGUAUGUGUGCAUGGCAGUGAGUCGGAGAUGUUUUUAAUAAAGUACCGGGAGUUUCCUGUCUGCAACAGGCAGCUCUGAGACGGUGGCGCUGUACGGUGACGCAUUUACAACCCCCUGAAAAAUUUUAAAGUCAGCCAGCCGGGUCGGGGAAGAAGGAAGGGAAUGAGCAGUGGCCAAGGGAAUCAGAAGAGAUGGCUCAACAGCUUGUGUGCUGUGAUAUCCGUCCAACGAGACGGACAUUCGAUUGGCCGAUCUCUCCUCCGUGUCUCCCAGACAAACUGUUUUGACAGUUCGAAACCAUCAAUUUUUUGACUGCCGUCCUCUCUGACAUGAUUUGAGUGGGUUGUGGAGCAGAGGGAGUCUAUUUAAAUCUCUGAGGCCAAAAAGAGGAUUGUCUCUGCUGUUGUUUUGAAGGCAACCGGUUAAUAUUUAAGUGGGGAUUUCUUCCUUUUUUUUAAUCCCCCCCGGGAUGGGUCCUGCUUUUCACACCCACCGCUUCCACGGCCACUGCCGUCAUCCUAGAAUUUAGCAAAUGUGAAUUGCACCCCCCCUUUUUUUUUUUUAUUGGAGUGUUGCACAACUUUGAGAAUUGGAGGUGAAAUUUGUGAACUAAUGCGAAUUAUGAAGCAUCCUAGACACACUGCAUUUAAAUGUUAAUUUUGUACUUUUAUUGAAAUGAAAUCACUGUGCAUUAAGAAAACGCCUUUUCCUCGAUCCUCAGAGAGCCUAACAAUCUCACUGGGCAGAGAUUCUGCACAGUGAUUUCUUCUGGGCUCUGCUUCCUCUCGUUCCUUCAGUCACUGCUCCCCGAACACGUCACAGUUCAAAGCAAAACGAAUCUGUAAAGUGUGCUGCCUUUAUAUAUUAAAAAGAAACAAAAACUCUAAAGAAAGAUUGCUGAUGUCACUUCCUCUGAGGAUCUAAACGGAGCAGCUUUUGGGAGAUAAAGGGCCAGUGGAAGGGAGGAGGGGAAGGAUAGGAUAGCGUUGGAAUGUAGAGUUUUAUUUGCUUUGGAAGUUCUUAAAGAGUACUUUUUUUAUUUUUCCUUUCUCGCCUUUUAAAUCUGUACCGGGAACCUGACUCGCAACACCCAUCGUCCCUAUGAAUUCUGCGGGAUAUGUCAAAGCUUUUGCACUGCCAGUUUAUCUCCGUGUUUACCACCGAGCUGCUUUUACCCCCUGCUUUCCUCAUUUUUCCCCUCUCCCUCCUCCUCCUCCUCUUGGGGUCUGUGAGAGUGUGUGUAUGUGUGUGUGUGUGUGUGUGUUUAGGGAGGAGGAGCGGGUGUUAAUUAAAUGUGCAGGGGUAAAGUCUGUUUCCCAGGGUCCAUUAUUCUACCAGAUCCGGCCUGAGACACUUGUCAAAACCGUAGGCCUGCAAACAGAGCCAAUUGGAGGAUUUGCUAAUGGAAACUAAGGGGCGGGCAGGGGAAAUAGGAUCAGCUGGUAAUGUGGUAUGUCUUUUCUUCCCACAACUAUUUGCCAGUGAGUCAUCCAGUAUUUUCAAAGGGUUCUGGGGUCUUGAGCAGGGCCACAACCACAGGAUGCUGAUAAUAGGACAAUAUCAUUUUGUUUGCUUGUUUGUAUGGAGAAGGUUUUUUUUGGACGAGGGUUUUGUAAUGAAAUAUUUUAUCCUUUAUUUACUGCUGCAUUUGAGUGUUCUUUGCCCGCUUGCUCAGACUUCAGUUGCCAAGUCUGACGGCACUAGUCUCGGUGCUUCGAGACAACUUUCAGCAUUUCAAGUUUCGGACAUGUAAUUUAUUUCUAUUCUGUAUGUAUUAUGGUCCUCGGUGUGUAUGUAACUGGAGAUAAGGUGAAUCGAAUGACUUGGUUUUUAAUCUGUGACCGGUUAGGUGUCAGGAAGAGAGAGACGGCAAACCGGGGGUUCUGGCUGGUGGGGGAAGACUCGGGACUCUUUUUUAAUUUAAUUUUUAAUGGCUGGUUUGCUCAUUCAGUUUGCCUGCUGUUAUCUUCGUCUGGACCAGCAAAAGUUGACACUCUGAUCUUCUGCCCCUCUCUCCACCUACCCAGGAAGGCAGAUGGAGGAAAAUUGCUAAAGGGGCAAAGUUUCUUCGGGAGAAGAAAAGGGGGGAGGAAAGGGGAAGGAAAAAAAAAAGCAUUUGCUUAUUAGCAAAGAAUCCAGCUGCCCCCAUCAUUUUUAGCUGAUUUUAAAAAUGGGAUGGGGACUCGGAGUCCUUUGAUUGCAGGUGGACUUUUGUGUUGGUACUCUCUGCCGGCAAGAAUUUCAGCAGUGCUCUCAUCUCCAGAAACGCGGGAAAAAGAAACUUUUGUGAACAUUCUCUGUCUACCGCUCUUUUUGGUUUGCAUAACGAACUCUCUGUUGCAUAAAGUCCUUUUAAACGCAAAGCUUGUUAAGUGACUCUCGUGGAAUACUUUGAACAUGAAGCGUAUUAUGUUGAAAGCUUUCAGCAACCAAUUUUUUUUUUUUGUCUCAUCGAAGAUGAAGUGUUAGAUGAAACUGCAAAGGCAAAAAAAAAAUGUAAUUUCAUAUCCAGCACCUAUUUUGAAUAUACUCUUUUUGUUUUGGUUUUCUUUUAGCAGACGCUGCUCACCGUUAAAGAAAAUCUGUGUAACAUUUUGCUGUUUGUAAUAAUGGCUUGCUAACAAGGUAAACAGUUAAAAAAAAAAAAAUGCAAAUUUCAAGAUAGCUUGGCUCGGCUCCUGCAGGCCCUCGCGGUAACGCAGGAGGCUGAUCUUGCGGGUCCUCCCCGCGCAAUCUAUCCACCCGUUGCUGUCGCAGCAGACUGUGUACCCUAGGUUGCCCCUCGGGAGCGUUCUGACUAGACUCUGUCUCCGACAGAAAAAGAGCUGAUGGAAAACAGACUCUUAAAAAACUGACACGUUUGCAUCAGUGCUAGAGGGAACAGAUUGUGAAUUUUGUUUACAACAUCCAAUAUUUGGAUUUUUUUUUUUUUGUAAAUAAAAAGAAGUUAUUUUUUUCUAUU